AUGUUCCCAUUUUGCGCGGCUGGACUUGUUCUCGUGCCCUGGCUCGUCAACAUUGCGUCUCCGGCUGAUGAAAUGCGUAAGAAACUCGAGGACAUGGACUGGCUGGGGAACUCUAUGUUCAUCGGCUCGGCCACCUUGUUGCUGGUGGCCGUCUCCUGGGGAGGUUUGCGCUACAGUUGGGGCAGCGCAGGCACUCUUGUGCCAUUGCUGCUCGGGGCAGUCGGUAUGGCGCUGACUAUCAUCUACGAGUCAUGCUUCGCGAUGUCCCCGUUCUUGCAACGCCGACUUUUCCAGACCGCCAGCUCCAUCGCGACGUAUGUUUGCGGCGCCAUCCAAGGCCUCGUGAUGUACGGGCAGCUGUAUUACGUGCCCCUGUACUUUAUGGAUGUCAAGGGGUUUACUCCGGUCCAGACCGGCGUCGCACUCUUCCCCGUCAUGUUCACGCUGGUGCCGGCAUCCAUCAUCACCGGUCGACUUGUCACGGUAUUCAACAACUACCAGUGGCCGAUCUGGGCUGGCUGGGCUCUGGCCACCGUCGCCUCCGGGCUGAUGAUGCUGUGGGACGUCGAGACGCCGACGAAGGCAUGGGCGCCGACGCUCGUCCUUCUUGGUCUUGGCCAUGGCUCCAUUUUGAACGCGCAGAACAUGGCGUCGCACGCUCUCUGCGACAAAGGCGACGAAGCGAUCGCCACGGCGAUGUACGCCUUUCUCCGACAGUUUGGCAUGGCAAUCGGAGUGGGCGUCGGCGGAUCCACUUUCCAGAAUGUGAUGCUGCGCAAGCUAGAGGACGAUGGCUUGGCCCCCGCAGGUACGCACGGGGGUGCCCAUGCUAUUUCCUCCCUGUUCGCCGCGACCGACGACGCUGAGCUGCGAUCCAAGAUCGUGGAUGCGUACGUGUAUGGCCUGCGAGGCGUCUACGGA